AUUCGUAUAUAUACCCGUUCUCUCAGCUACUGCCACGUCCAUAAUUUCUUCUCGGAUCUAUGACUACAGAAUCUCGCGAAAUUGGUACUCUCAUUGCAGUCAUCCUCAAAGCUAGAAACCUUCCCAAUAAAAGACACAUCGGCAAACAGGCCCCUUAUUGCACUGUCGUUCACAAUGGGGAGACUCGCAGAACGAAGGCCAUCAAGCGUGGUGGACAACAUCCAGAAUGGGACGAGGAGAUCCGCUUCAACAUCUAUGAGGAUGAUGAAGAUGAAGUAGCCCGUGCCGCCAUCGCUGUUGGCUUAGAACCACCAGCCCCGCCACCUAAGAAUGGAAAGGGACCAAAGAAGAUCAAAGGAGGGAAAAAUCUGGCACUAGCAUGCUACGCAGAUGAUCCCAGGGAACCAGAGCUUAUAGGCGAGGCGCUGGUGGACUUGACUGAGGUUUUGACGAAGGGCGAGACAGAUGAAUGGUUUACUCUCCUUCAUAAAGACAAGUACUGUGGCGAGGUCUAUUUGGAGUUGACGUUUUGGUCCAAUGAACGUCCUCCAGAGAAGAAGGCUGCCACGAAACAGCAUAAACUCAGUAAACAAUACGGCGGACCUGGAUCCUUCGUACCAUUAGCAGAUUCGCCCUAUGACGCCGACGGUCGACCUAUGUCCGUGUCGGACAGCCAGUUGUCUAUAGCCUCUCGGGACUCCGUACCAGCUUCUCUCCGGCCAUCUGGUCUUAGCUCGAAGAUUGAUCUUUAUGUGCCUCCUUACGAAAGCACAAUCCGAGCACGGUCACAACAGCGUGAAUCAUCUGUCGAGGGCAUAGCCAACGACUUCGGAGAAUUAGGCAUCCAUCCACCAGGUCAUCGUAGAGAAAGCUUUCCGCCCAUUCAUCACGCAUACGGACGGUCCACGUCGUCUUCUGGGUCUUACAUGACAUCUUCUGUCUCAUCCUCCCAUGCCUAUCCGGCGUCUGAGCAUAGUUCGUGGACAGAUACAGGACCGCCCUAUACGGAUGAUCGUCCUCUGACGCCGCAACCUCCUGCGCCGCAUCGAUACCACUCGGAUUCUGUCUCUUCCUCCCGGUCGUACCCUGCGCCUUCGAAUUACCAACCACCGUAUGAGUCUAAUCAAGCGUUGGCACCAAGCUAUUCGUAUCAGUCUCCCGUACGACACAGUCGCUACAGCAUACCGGCGUCCUCUUCUGGAUUCGUGUCUAUGCCUUCUGCAUCUUCCUCCUCGAGCUUUUCUUCUCUACCAUUCCCAUCUUUUGCAUCUGAACCAUCUGGACUCGCGCCGCCUCCUGCGCACACCCCAAUCCCUCCAUCCGGGUAUCAAGCACCAUACCCACCGCCAACGCCAACGCCAGCCAACUACGCGCCGAUGCCAUCACAUACCCCUGUUCCAUCAUCGUACAUGACUGCGCCUCCCACUGCUGCGUAUGGACAAUACAACGGCUAUGCACCCCCUCCACCGUCGUCAGCGCCUCCGGGCCAUUAUCCUCCACCUCCAUCAACUUCCCCAUUACCACCGCCGCCGCAGUCCGCUCCGCCUCAGUCAUACCAAGGCUACCCUCCUGAUGGGUACCAAUCACAGGAGCCGCAACCCACGAACCCUCCGAUGUCAAAUAUUCCACCAAGUAGUUCGUCGAUGAGCACGAGUACCAGCUCAAGACCUCUACCCCAGCCCCAAGGAUAUGCACACAACGGUCUUCCAGCACCACCACCACCAGUUGCGCCCCAAAACUAUGGCUAUACGCAACCACCUGGCUCGCAUUAUGUUCCUCCACCACCGGGUCCUCCCUCACAGCAACCGAACUAUGGCCAGCUCACCCAGCAAAGCCAGUCGAAUACACCGCGUGAUCCUCUCCCAACUCCUCCAGGCCCACCGGGACCUCUACAGCCAGGCUCCUAUAGUCCACCACAACAAGGUGGCUCCACGCUGCCUCCUCCGCACGUGUACAACAAUGUUCCACCACCUCCGCCGCUCCCGCACAAUUCGUCAUCGUCGUCAAUUCCGUCUCAGGGCUACCAUCAACAACAAUUAACGAAUAACGCGCCUACACCUAGUCCAUCCGGUCCAUUGAAGGUGCCGCCUCCGCCGCCUAUACCUACGCAGAAUUCGGGUCAUACGCACCAACGUGUUGUGUCGCACAGGUCAAGCCUACCUUUGCCCCAACCUCCCGCCGGUUCACAAAUCCAGCAGCCCAUCUACCAACCCAUCCCGCCACCGCCGAUGCCCCCAGCGCUUCCAGUUUCCCAUUCACAAUCGCUACCUCAGGUCCCUACCCAGUCAUCUAUCACUCCCUCUCAUAGUGGCUACUCGUUCAACCCGGGACCUCCGCCUCGUCCACCCAUGCUCAACGGAGUACCGCCACCUCCACCGCCCCAACCUCAGAGCCCGUGGGUGACGCAGCCUCAGGCGUAUUACCAGCAUUGAAAUGACGAUUAGAAAAGCAUGUGUUUGUAUUCUCAAAUUCAUUUAUUGACCUGCAUUCAUUCGUCUCGUUUCGUCGUCUCUCCCAAAUAUGUUCGCCCACCGUACUCAUACGCCGUCGUUGACAUUGUGCAUUACUUGACUCAACUGUUGUUUCGUUAUCUCCGUCUUCUUGUUCUCGACUCAUUGCAUACAAACAUGGACAUUCUCAAUGUGAUCCCUUGCCCAGCAUUAAUAUAUU